GAGAGAAGAAGACGAAGAAAGAAAAAAUCGUUUUGAUCGGAGAGUCCUAUCCUUCUGUUUGAGCUAGCCCCGGUUCAUCUCGUUUCGUGGGUUUCUACUGGGCGAAAGACAGUUCCUUUACCAGGUUGUUGUAAUGGAAGACGAUGGCUCUGCUUCUUCCUCUUCUUCUCGAGAUUUGGAUGCACAGAACCGUUAUGAUCGAUUGCUUGCUCUAAAUGCAAGUCCCGUUGAUUCAAAUUGUAACUUGGAUUCGGUUUCUGCUAUUUAUCUAGCGAUGACGAGCUCGAAGCUGGAGUGCGUCGACGAGCGUGGCCAAGACUCUCUUAUAACCUCCGUAUGCAACAUGGAGGACGAAGAAGAGGAUGAGGAGGAGCUCGACGAGUUCGAUCCUUAUCUCUUCAUCAAAAACUUGCCCCACUUGUCCUCCGUUGUCCCUACUUUCAGACCCAUCUUGCUUCCUAAACAGACCCGAAGCUGCCCUCCCAUCUCUCUAGUCCUUGACCUCGACGAAACGCUUGUGCACUCUACUCUAGAACCGUGUGACGAGGUGGACUUCACAUUCCCUGUGCAUUUCAACGAAGAAGAGCAUACGGUCUACGUGCGGUGCCGUCCUCACCUACAAGAGUUUAUGGAGAGAGUGUCCCGUCUUUUCGAGAUCAUUAUUUUCACAGCUAGCCAGAGUAUCUACGCCGAGCAGCUUCUGAAUGUGCUUGACCCCAAGAGGAAGCUCUUUCGCCAUAGAGUGUACCGUGACUCGUGUGUUUUCUUUGACGGUAACUACCUUAAGGAUUUGUCCGUCCUUGGACGUGACUUGUCUCGUGUCAUCAUCGUCGAUAACUCCCCACAGGCAUUUGGGUUUCAAGUGGAGAACGGUGUGCCAAUAGAGAGCUGGUUUAACGACCCUUCAGAUAAAGAGCUCCUCCACUUGCUGCCGUUUCUUGAAAGCUUAAUAGGAGCUGAAGAUGUGAGGCCGAUGAUCGCCAAGAAGUUCAAUCUAAAGGAGAAGAUUGAGGCAGCUGUAGAUGCACCUGAGUAUCCUGCUGAGGCAGGUGAUCCUUUCGAAAGGUAAAGUCUUUUCAAAAGGCAGAAUCUGGCAUAAAAGCUACACAAAGGAGAAGACUUGCUCUUUGGGAGAAUGCUGUGGAAAGUUUCUCUUCUUUUGAGGUUGGAGGGAUUAGAAGUUGGAAGAUAUAUUAUAUUAUAUAUCAAAUGUUGUUUUCUUAUUAGUUUAAAGAACCUUGGUAUACAAGAAGAAGUCACAGAAUAAUUAUUAUAAUUUUUUUUAAUAUAUUUUUGAAUAAUUGUGA